UUUGUUCCCUCUCAUUCCCCAACUCCAACAGCACCCAUCGCAAUCCCCGACGCAGGACAAAGACGGACAUAUCCCCUUUACCACAGCAGCGCUCAUCGUGCCAUCCACCCCCAACCUUGACCGGGCCCGACGAUGAUGCACCACUCGAUCGCGAGGCGCGCAAGGCCACGGCCGCGGCAGCUCGCCAGCCUCUGCGCGGCCUACGCCCCCGUCGCCAGCUUUUCCACAUCCUCCCCCUCCCCCUACGGCACACACAAAAACACACCAGCAACCCAACCGCCACAGCGACCGUUCGCCCCGCCGACGCCCCGACCCCGCGCUGGCCUCCUGCCCAGGCCCGCGCCGUCGCCGCCGACGGCAGCAGCAACAACAGCAACAGCGCGGGGGCUCUCCACAAGCACGGCCGCCGCAAGCCCCGCAGCCCAAGGGUCCCAGGGCGGCGCCGCUGCAGGACAACCCCCGGACGACGCGCACCAACAAAAGCCAAAGCCAAAGCCGCCGUCCGGCGAGCCCGACUACUACGCGCUCUUCCCGGAGACGCUGGCGGCCGGCCCGCCGCCCGAGGGCCCCUUCGAGCUGGACGCGCGCGCCCUCCACCGCGAGUUCCUGCAGCUGCAGGCCGACGUGCACCCGGACUUCCACCACCACGCCUCCUCCUCCUUGGCAACGGAGACGGCCCGCUCGGCGGCCCGGCGCCGGGCCGAAGCGGCGUCGGCCAACGUCAACGCCGCCUACGAGACGCUGUCGUCGCCGCUGGCCCGCGCCGGGUACCUGCUGCGCCGCCUCUACGGCCUGGACGUGACCGGCGAGGGGGUCGGGGCCCUGGUGGCGCCCGACGGCGAACUGCUGGACGAGGUCAUGACGGCGGCGCAGCGGAUCGAGGAGGCGGGCGCGUUGGAGGAGCUGAAGCCGCUGCGCGAGGAGAACGACGCGCGCGUCAAGGCCGACGAGGCCGCCCUCGCCGAGGCCUUUGCGAGGGACGACCCGGACGCGGCCGUCGCGCUCGUCGUGCGCCUGCGUUACUGGCUCAAUGUUAGGGAGUGGAUUGAUGAGUGGCAGCUUGGCCGGCCUGUGCUUAUGUGAGCAUUAGGCAUUAGGAAGGAGGGGGGGUUGGGUGUCUCUGCUGCAUGGAUAACGCAGAUAUUCAACCUGGUGUAGACUGGUCUUUUAGCAUUCAUAGCUGCUGUUUUCUUCUCUACUCGCUGUAUUUGUAAAAAAAAAGAGACUGGCAUGUUUGUAUGAUGCGAUUACGUUGCAGUCGUGUCCGGUCAAUAGUAACCGCGCUUCUCUCCCAUGGCUCUCCUUACGUUUGAGGAUGCUGAUAAGGGGCAAGCUACAAAAGAGACGGGUCUCGCGGCAUCCAUUUUCAGGCUUUGCAGCGUUUAACGAAGCAUCCUCGCUAUAUACAAACAGAACCUCAACGAGAGCAAGGAAGGAUCAAAGUAGGCGUCAUGGUUGAAAAAAAGCUUGGGAUAUACUUGUCCUUUCCCGGCGAUCGGCGUGCCAGCGUCAAACCAUGGACCAAGGACUGAGAAGAAGAAAAUGAGCGAAAGAAGAGAAAACGGAGGCGAUUCUAUAUACAAGCCCUUUCCGCGGGGCCAUCGCCAACUCCCAACACCCCGGCCGAGGCCUAGGUCUAGGAGCAGUAGAGUCUUGGGACAUUCUGCUGGGAAAGGGGGAGAGAGGGCCAUGACAAGCCACUUUAAGCAGACCACUCGACCGCCCGCUUCUCACCUCCUGGCGGAGCGGGGGUUCCGGGGCAAUCGUGAGCAACCUCGGGCGCCACGUCAGGAGCGCGGCGGGCGGGCUUUCCCGAGGCGGGCGAAGCAGGAGCGGUGCCGCCAGCACCUCCCUGGGGCGCCUGUUGGAUCGCAACCAUGCCGCCAAAGGGGCCCGCCUGUGUAUGUGUGGCAAUACACCGUCAGCGAAACGAGACUAACUUGAUCGGGGCGCUAAGUGAGUUGUCGGCCACGACGGCUUACCGGGUUGCUGUCGGCAAUCUUGACCAGGCAGACGUUUUGCUGGUCCUUGAUGGUACCUGUGCACUUG